UCGUGCGCCCACGCUACAUGCGUUAAGCGUGCCGGGUGAUUUAUUCCCCAAGAUUCUUCCAGCCAGACAGCCAGUGGUCAAUCGAAGGUUAAGAAAACAAAAGGUUCCAAUAUCCCAGCUGCCGCACGUAAAUCUCAACUGCCUUUCAUAAAUCUCGACGGCCACUAUAUAUAUCCUUGAGCGGACCGCACGGCUGGAGAUCCCGCCUCCUGUAGGCUCCCCUUCCCCCCUCGACUUGGCCGCCGGCCGCCGCGCGCGACCGUGCCGGAGAUCGGAUGCUCUUGCUCCUUCCGUGUUUCCGACUUUUCUGGGGUAGGCUAAGGUGAAGGCAAUUAUCAUGGGACUCGAGAUAGCAGGUGCAGAGUCACCUGCAGUAAAGGGGAAGUUCUGGGGCAUACUUGUGUGCUGGUUUUUGGGCAAUGGAAGCCUUUUCGCAUGGAACAGUAUGCUUACCAUCGAAGACUACUAUGUCUCUCUGUUCCCGAACUACCAUCCCACAAGAGUUCUUACGCUAGUUUACCAGCCUUUUGCCUUUGGAAUAACCUGCAUCCUGACAUACCAUGAAGCAAAACUCAACACGAGGCGCAGAAAUCUGUUGGGAUUUGCACUUUUCUUCCUUAGCUCUUUCGCGUUAAUACUGCUGGAUGUUGGUACUAAAGGACGAGGUGGAAUUGCAGUAUACAUUGGUGUAUGCAUAAUCAGUGCCUUUUUUGGGACGUCUGAUGCGCUUGUUCAAGGUGGCUUGGUUGGUGACCUUUCCUUGAUGUGCCCAGAGUUCAUUCAGUCCUACCUGGCGGGUUUGGCUGCAUCAGGAGUUCUAACAUCAGUUUUGAGAUUAAUUACAAAGGCAGCUUUUGAGAAUUCACAAAAUGGUCUUCGAAAUGGAGCUAUGCUAUUCUUUUCAAUAACAUGUAUCUUCGAGCUAGUUUGCCUCGUUCUAUAUGCAUAUGUCUUCCCCAAAUUACCUAUCGUGAAGUACUACCGGGCAAAGGCAGCCUCCGAAGGGAGCAAGACUGUUGGCAGUGACCUUGCUGCUGCAGGACUCAAAACUGAUCAAGAUAGACAAGUUGAGGAGGAUCCGCAAAAGCACGAACGUUACAGCACCAAACAGCUGCUGAUGCAGAACAUAGACUACGCGCUUGAUAUUUUCCUGAUAUACAUCUUGACCCUAUCAAUCUUCCCUGGAUUCUUAUCUGAAGACACUGGAACACACGGUCUGGGGACAUGGUACGUGCUUGUGCUGAUCGUGAUGUACAAUGGGUUAGAUCUGAUUGGUAGGUACGUGCCACUGAUCAAGUGCCUGAAGCUCACCAACCGGAAGGGCCUGAUGGCUGCGAUCCUUGCGCGCUUCCUGUUCAUCCCAGCGUUCUACUUCACCGCCAAGUACGGCGACCAAGGUUACAUGAUCUUCCUGACGUCUUUCCUGGGCCUGACCAACGGCUACCUCACCGUGUGCGUCCUCACCGAUGCGCCCAGCGGAUACAAGGGACCGGAGCAGAACGCUCUGGGGAACGUGCUUGUCGUCUGCCUCCUUGCCGGCAUAUUCUCCGGUGUAGUGCUUGACUGGCUGUGGUUGAUUGGCAAGGGCUGGUGAUGAGCUUUGCUUUUCUGUUUUCUCCCCUCUUCUGUCCUCUGUUUGGGUGUGUGGGAACCGUGCGAAUGUUGCAGAAACAAGGAUAUUACAGUCUUCUGUUCAAAAAGAAACAAGGAUAUUACAGUAGUGCAAUAGUACAUAUAUUUUUGAGAAAUACAGUACUACUCCGUAGUGCAGAGUAUAUUUCAAGUGGUUAUUAUUGCUCUCUUCUUCUUGUCUUUUUGAAAGACUGUAAAGCUUAAUCUGGUCAGGGUGCAUGUUUGUAAAUCACACGAGUCAUGACGUAGCUGCGACGUGUUGUUUUUCUCA